UUUCUUGCUUCAUGCAGACAUGCUUUCAUUCUCAUAUCCACAGACAUGAUACAGUUGGGCAAACUUGCAAAGUACUCAUUAGUGUGCCUCAAGAAGAUCUUGAGCAUGUUGGGUCAGGAUCUUGCCAUGGGUUAUGAUAUUGGCUGCAACCACUCCAAGACCAUCACAAACAGCACCCUUGAUCCCAUGGCCCAUUCUCAAGCCUUGCAAGUUUUUGUGGGUGCAUUCCAUGGGUAUGCCCACAAUUGGCAAUGUCAGCUUCAAUACCAUCCUCAAUUCAUCACCUCAGCUGGUCUCAAAGUUUUUGAGACUAACAAGUGGAUCUUCUCAAAGCAGAACUUGACUGCUCUGCUCUUUUGGCAUGCCUCAGAGUAUCACAGGCAUGUGACCUUGCAUUGUUUCUGGGUGAGAUGGGAUGAGGACCAACAAGCUGGCCUAGGUGCAUGA